AUGCUGCAGCUGCACACAAAUAAAGUUACACCCGGGCAGGAUACAGAAAUGGAAAACGAAGACGAGGACUCAGCAGGAUCUGUAGCCACACCGGUCGAAGAGUCUUCAGAAGACGAGAAUGACGAGGAAUCUCAAUAUGAGAGGUCAGAUGAUGAAACCGAUGACAAUCAUUUGUAUUAUAUAUGGCAGAAUGAUACCCAAGAAUUAUUUACUGAAUUUAUAAAAGAAAAUCAAAUCAGGCAGAACAAGACAAAAGUGACAAAAUCAUAUGGAGAAAUUGAAUUUGAUGAAGACAGAACAAAUUCGUUGUAUAUUCGUGUUCACAGUGGAACUAAAGAUGAACUUAUGUGGAAGCUAAUGACUGAAAUAUGGCAAAUGGACACCCCCAAAUUGCUUAUUUCGAUAUCUGGAGAAUUAGAUUCUAAAAACACAACAUUGCUGAAAGCGUUAGUUGAGACAGCAAGAGAAAAUCAUGCUUGGAUCAUAACUGAUGGAUCACUGGCUUUGGAAAAUUGUGGAUAUAUAUAUUUACUAGGGAUUGCAAAAUGGUCUAUUUUGUCUGGAAAGCAAUGUCUUGAGGGGACUGAUGUGAGUAUGUUAUUAUCACAGGAAUGCCAGAUUCAAUGGAAUAAUAAAGACGCUUAUAGUAUGCUAUCAUAUGAGCAGGGACUGGAGAAGAGGGCUGUGAGCGCUCCUCUGACCAUGGCUGCCACGUUACAGCACAGUACCAAUGUGACCACAGGAACUGGGCAGUGGCCAGCAAAAUAUGAAGGUGGUCAAAUCCAAGACAGUGGCGUAAAACUGGAUGAGAACCAUACACAUUUUAUUCUCGUUGAUGAUGAUGACGAUGAUGAUGAUGAUGAUGAUGGUGAUGGUGAUGUAAAAUACCACCCGAGUAAGCGUGAAAAAAUAGAGGUUAAUAGACCUGGUGACUUAAAACAGAUUCCACUUGUACUGAUUGUCGUGAAUGGAGAUUGCAGUACAUUACAUAGGUUGUUAUACCAUGCAAGUGAACAUACACCAGCCAUUGUUGUUGAGGGAAGUGGAGGGAUAGCUGACAUAGUUGCUCGUACCCUACAAAAUGAGGGUUCAUGUGAUGAAGCAACAAUUGGGCAAAUAAUAGAAGAGAAAAGAGGAAUUGAAAACAAAGAAGAAAACGACAAAAUUAAAGAAAUGGUGAAUGAUAUACAAGAAUACAAGACUAAUUUAACGUCCUUUCAAUUAAAGAAUGACAUUGAUAGCGAAAAUAUAUCAUCUGCCAUUGAUGACGCAAUAGCUAAAGAAAAAGACUUCCCAAAAUUGGAAUCAAGACUUGUAUCUAAUUCAGUGGAAAAAGUUGAGCACUUUCUGAAAGAUGGAUUAAAUUUGAAAAAGUUUUUGACUCCCGAACGCCUUGUUACAUUGUAUAAAAAGUCUUUAGAUUCAAAUGAAAAGAAUAAUGCUCGUUUUAGCACAAGACGUAUUCUAAGAGAGCGUUAUAAGAUAUUCAGUAACAGUACAGGUAGUAGAGAUAAUAGAUUGACGCCUUUGAGAAAUGUGAUGAAGAAACUUGUACAUGAUAUAAAUAAGGAUCUAUAUAAGGACAACAAACUUUCUGAUCUCCCCGAAACUGAUUUAUUUCUUUGGGCCUUGAUAAUGAAUCGGCAACGGAUGGCCCUAUGUUUCUGGAAAGAAUUAGAUAAUGGAAAUAUUGGGGCAGCACUAAUUGCUAGCAGAAUGUUAACCGCUUUGGCUGAAACUGCCGAUGAUAUUGAGGAACAUGCUCUAAGUAAAAUUCUGUUGCAAAAUGCUAAUGACUUUCAAGACCUGGCUAUUGGAGUUUUAGACACAUGUUACAGUACGAAAAGACAGUUAUCAGAGGAUGGGCUUGUCCGCAAGCUAAAACAGUGGAAUAACACUACUUGCUUGUCGAUUGCCAACGUCUCCAAGCAGAUGCGAUUCGUGGAGCAUGAGUGUUGUCAAUUCUUUCUGGCACUACUCUUUCCGAUUAUAUUCGUUUUCGGAAUCACAAUCACUGGUGAAAAGACAGAAAGAAAAUAUCGAUAUCCUGUCAUGUGGAAGUUGAAGUGUUUUUUUACUUCACCAAUCACCAAAUUUGCCUACAACUGUAUAUCAUAUUUGAUUUUAUUGGGUGUAUUUAGUUGGUUUAUUUUGACUGACCUACGACCCGUAUCUGAACCAAAUUCUCCAAGUAUCAAAGAAUGGAUUGUAAUUGCUUGGGUGUGUACACUGUUUGUAGAAGAAAUCAGACAGUUAGUUAUACGCGAUGCACAGAGUGCUCGUCAUAUGUUAGAAGAAUGGAUUUCUGAGGGAUGGAAUAUCCUGGAUUGUUCCAUGUUUGUCUCAUUCACUUUAGCUGUUUCCCUUCGUUUUGUACUCCCGAAUGACAAGUUCACAUUUGCAAGAAUCUUCUACUGUUUAUCGCUGAUGUUAUUUUAUUUCCGGCUUUUGCAAAUGGGACUAGUACAUAAGCAUAUUGGGCCUAAGAUUAUAAUGAUAUAUGAAAUGUUAAAGGACCUUCUUUCAUUUAUGCUGAUAUUGGCUGUGUUCAUCCUAAGCUUCGGUAUUGCUAUAGAGGGUAUACUAUAUCCAAACUUGGACUCAAGUCCAUUGGUAUUUGUGAAAGCACUAUAUAAACCAUAUUGGCAGUUAUACGGAGAAAUAUUUCUGGACGAAGUUGAAGGUUUAGUGAACAGUGAAACUUGUGGUGAUGACCCAAGGCUCAUUGACACUUGUCCUAGUUAUACCUGGAUUGUACCAGUACUAACAGCCGUGUAUAUGUUAUUUUCCAAUAUUUUGCUGAUCAAUCUUAUUAUCGCAAUUUUCAGCUACUCAAUACAAACAGUUUUAGAGAACUCCAGAACUCUCUGGUAUUUUCAUCGCUAUGAUCUGAUCAAGGAGUACAUUGAAAAACCGCCAUUUCCUGCUCCACUAGUCAUAUUUGCUGUUGCAUAUGAAUUUAUUGUUUAUCCCUCCCGAUGUAUACACGAACGUCAUCUUAGCCAUGAAGAAAAUGUUCGACUUAACAAGUUUGAAAAACAGUGCACUGAUGAGUACAAUAAAAAGUUAACGAUGAAAACUACGUCUUCCGCUGGACAAAGGUUUUUUACACGUGUGAAAAAAUCGAAGAAUGUAAAUGAUGCUCUCGGUUUGAUAAUACGCUAUACCGAUGACAGGCUUGAUAAAAUGUUCGAGGACAUUAAAGAAAUGGUAGCGGGCAAGAAAGACGAACAGAUA